AACUCCGCUGGACAAUACUAGAACGGAAAAACGAAGAGCUCCUCCUGACUUGCAAAAUUUUAGUACAUUUAACAGAAUGUUUAGCAGGAAAAAGAAACCUCCUCACCCUCAAGAAGGGAAAAAGAAGAACGACCUUUCCAAUCUGCUUGGUCUUGAUAUCAGUCCAGAAGAAAUGGCUGACUUAGGGAUUGGAGGCAUAGGAGGUGCUGAUGAUGACGAUGACGAUGAUGAUGAUGAAAGUCUUGAGGCAGAGUUGGCUGCACUACAGGGGGAAUCACGGUCUAAAGUAAAGAAAAAAAAGCCAGGAGGACGAUCUGCUAAUCUGAUGGAUGAUGUAGAUAUGGAUGAUGAUGAUGAUGACGACAACGACUUUGAUGAAAAUGACCCUCAGUUGUUGGUAAGGUUCUUACACAACAUAACAAGUAAAACCGAGGUCAGCAUUCGUCCUGCCGGGGCAACGUUUGGACGAGGUAUUACCUCGGUAAAGAAGACGCGUCAGGCAGAGUUGGCUGCGCUACAGGGGGAAUCACGGUCUAAAGUAAAGAAAAAAAAGCCAGGAGGACAAUCUGCUAAUCUGAUGGAUGAUGUAGAUAUGGAUGAUGAUGAUGAUGACGACAACGACUUUGAUGAAAAUGACCCUCAGUUGUUGGCUGAACUUCAAUGUAUUGCUCCAGGAGAAGAUGGUGCAGAACAUCGAGAUCCGACACCAGUCUUACUUCCUUCUGCACCAGCAACAAGCAGUAACCAACAGGUUUCCGAAGGAAGUUCAUCUGAUAUUGAGCUGUUGUUGGAAAGGGAGAAAAAUUACAAGCAAGCAAUAGAAAAUGCAAAUAAGGCUGGUGAGGGGAGCAAGGCCAGGAGAUAUGGGAGAGGACUCAAGGAAAUAGAACAAAUGAUCAAGCAAGCAAAAGCUGGAAAACCCAUUGACAUGGAUGCAGUUCCCCCACCAGUCGCCACAGGAGCUACUCAACCUUCAGCUCCAGCUUUUUCACAGCCAGUCCCACCUGCUGCUGCACCGGAAGUUUUGGGCACCAGUAACAAGGCUACAAAACUUGAGCAGACAACCCAAGAUGGCAUUUCUAAAUCAUUCCAAGAUAUCUUCCCCAUUUUGCCAGACCAGCUUNCUUUUUUUCAGCUUCCUGAGUCUGAGAAGAUUAAAACUGUAGAACUUUUUACAACAAGGCGGAAUCAGUACAGAAUAGCUGCUUUGACUUGCAAGAAAGCGGGAGAUAUUCAACAAGCCAAGCAGUUUUUGGCUGUAUCUAAGCAAAUAGAUUCAGCUAUUGAACUGCUAGAGAAAGACGAGGUUGUGGAUAUUUCACAGUUACCUCCUGUUCCAUCUGCCCCUCAGACAUCAUCAGGUGAGACCCCACCAGCCUCUCAACAGUCAGUCAACCCCCCUGCUGAGCCUCAGCCAAGCACUUCAGCUGCAGCAGAGUCAGGAGGAGAAGGCAGUGCACCCAAGAACUUGGAGCCUCCCCCUCCCCCCAAGGAUGUUGCAGAAGCUUUGCAACAGAGACUGGAAAAAUACCAGCAUGCCACAAACCAAGCAAAACAAGAAGGAAACUCCAGCAAAGCUCGGAGAAUGGGACGUAUUGUCAAGCAAUAUCAAGAUGCCAUCAAAAAUCACAAAGCAGGAAGACCAGUGACAUUUGAAGAACUCCCAACACCUCCAGGAUAUGCCCCUAUACCAGGUGUGGCAGCUCCUCCUGAUGACGAACCAACUGAGAACUUUUGUGUAACAGAGGCCCCUGGGCCAAGUCAAGGGACUGCAUCUCAACCAGCUGCUUCAUCUUCUGUCGCUGGUACCUCUAGAACAGCCGCUGCUAGUCCUUCAGGCCAGCCUGCUCUCCAGGCUUCAUCAUCUGUGAAAAAAUCACCUGGCCGCAAUGAACAACAGCUCAACUAUCUCCUGGAAAGACAGAAGGAGUUCAAGACAGCUGCUCUGCAGUCCAAGAAGCAGGGAGACCUGGAGGGUGCUAAGAAUUACUUGAGGAUGAGUAAGGGUCUUGACAAGAUGAUUCUAUCAGCCCAGAAUGGUCUAAGAGUUGAUUUAGGAUCGGUUCCGCCGUCUCCAUUUACGGCUGCUAAGGCUGCACCCACAAUGGAGCUUAGUUUUGAGAUGGUGCAAGCUGCAGACUGUGAUCCAACACCUCGCACACCAGAAGAAACAUCUGAGCUAUUCUCACGACUGGAGGAUGCACUUAUUAAACAAAUUGAGAUGUGUGUAAGAAAUGGUCAGCAUUACCAAAAACUAGGUGAUAUAAGCAACACUAAAAACUUUGAGAAGAUGGCAAAGAAUUUGCGUCAGGACCUUGAUGCAGUGCAGAGCGCACGGAAACACAAGGAUCCCCCACCAAGAUUCCAUUAUGAAGACAGAUCUUUCACAAUUGUUGACUCAUUCCCCGAUUUAAGUGAUUCAGAGGUGGCAAUUACCAUAGUUAGAGGGCUCAAUAUUCCUCUGCCUUCAGGUUACCAACCAAAGGACAUGUACACUUACGUAGCCUAUGAAUUUCCUUUUCCGAGUGCUGAUGAGCCACAGACAGGGCGAACACAAACUAUAAAACACUCCAUCAACCCAGAAUAUAAUGAGGUUUUCAAAGUUAAUAUAGAUAGGAAAAACCGGUCAUUAGGGCGAACAUUCAAAAGACAGCCGGUCAAAUUUGAAGUCAAAUAUGAAAGGGGUUUUCUAAAGGGUGACAAGGCUUUAGGACAAGUACAACUCAAGCUGACCCCAUUCGACAACAAGUGUGAAAUUCACGACUGUUUUGAUUUAAUGGACAUGGAAAAGGGACGCAAAGCAGUUGGAGGAAAAAUUGAAAUUCACAUGAGAAUCCGAGAGCCACUGGUAGACAAAGAUGUUAAGGUUGAGAAAUGGAAAUGGCUGGUUAUUGAUGUUCACCUUACUUCGAGAAAGGUAGCUGACGUGUCAAGGGAACCUGCCAAGUUGUCUCCAAAACCUGGCAAAGUCACAAAAGGAGCCGAUGCCGAGACAGAGUUUAUUAGCUUGGAAGUUCUAAAACUGGAGAAACAGAUCGCCGAGAAGCAGCUUGCUGCCCAAAAAUCCAAGAGAGAGAUGCCUUCUCCUGCCGUCAUACAACGCUGUAAACUAUGCCAGCAGAAGAUAGCUGAAGUGGAAAGAACGCUGUCUAGUGGGGACAGGAACGUCUUAAUGAACUAUCUUCGCCAACUUCAAACGAAAAUCGCACACGAGCAUGCUAAAGCCCAGCUGGCUCUAAAAGCUGGUAAUAGAAGUGAAGCGCAACUUUGUUUAACCAAAAGAAAGCUGAUGGAAAACGAGAUGUCAAGUCUAAAGUCCCAGCUUGGAAUACGUUAGGGGUUUAUAACCGAUAAUUAAUAAAUUAGCUAAAAACACUUAGUGAUCUUUACAGAACUCAUGAACACGAUGUAACAUUAAAAUACAGCAAAGAAAAAUAAUUCCGUUUUCCGAUAUACUGGUUACCUAUUGUAUCUCUACUCUGGUGUACUUUCUACUUGGACUGAACGGACUGAAGGAAGCAACAGUCGAGAGAACAAGCAUACCAGAGUAUACCAGAGUAGAGAUACAAUUUCCUUCUAAUUCUUGUUUCCAUGAUUUGCUAAUAUGGCAUAUUUACCCGAACGACAAAAGUACAUGAAAUUUGCUUUUAUGGUUGAAGAUUGCCUUGAAUAUGUGACGUAAGUUUUGACCAUUUUCCUCAUUAUUGGUCCGAAAAAUUUUUCUUGGAAAGCUUCUUUAAAUCUUCCUGGAAUACAUUACUGAACCGUUCAUUAGGCAAUUAGAGAAAACUGAGCUAAAUAUUAUUCAAAUGAAAAUGCUGACCUCUCAAUUUCACAUUCAAUACCCAAUAUUAGAAAUUAAGCAUUCGUGGGGGAAGAAGUAACCUUUUCUCGGAGUCUUCAGUGAACCCAGGGGUUUGGUCAGUCGUAUCUAAGCAACAUAACGUAAUGAUGUCGUAGAACUCUCAGAUUGCUUCCGAGUGCUUAUGUUAUGUUCUGAUUGGAGGAUAAUAGUCGGGAACUCUCCGAGUGUCCCUACGAAGACUUGAGAAAGCGUUACUUCUUUCCCCUUCUAUGCUGUCGGGAAUUUGAUAUUCACGCACAGGUGCGCAAAGCACGCAAUCUUUUACACUGGAAUGUAUUCUGUGUCUCCUAAAUAAAUGCCACAUGUAAGGUGGCGGUUUCGUCUGUCA